GGUGCCUCAGCCUCCAUGAGCAAGUCUUGGACUGGGUCCCUUUGCCAAGUGGAAACUCCUUCAGCCGGGCGUCCCCUGUCCUGUCCUCUGGGCACAUCUGGAUUUCCAGUCUCGCGUUGCUCGGGAUGAGGCCUAGCUUGGUCCAUUUCCCAGAGGGGUUGGCGCUGAGUGAUCAGAGCGGCCAGGUGUCUCACCUCCUCCCCCGCUGGACUUCUCCCUGCAGGAUGCUGGCUCGUGCGUCCUGGUCCCCGACACCCUUCUGUGGGCUAGCGUGCCGUCCUUCCUCCUCCCGGCGCAGGACGUCCACGCAGCCUUCUCAGACCUGCAGGGGUCCUUGGUGAAUUUUGUCAUGGUUAUUUAAGGACCCUCGCCUAGAAGUACCAACGCACAGUUCCCCAUCAACGGGAAGGCUUGGACUCCAAGAUGAUCAUAAAGGAAUACCGGAUUCCUCUGCCAAUGACCGUGGAGGAGUACCGCAUCGCCCAGCUGUACAUGAUACAGAAGAAGAGCCGUAACGAGACGUAUGGCGAAGGCAGUGGUGUGGAGAUCCUGGAAAACCGGCCGUACACGGACGGCCCUGGCGGCUCCGGGCAGUACACGCACAAGGUGUACCACGUGGGCAUGCACAUCCCCAGCUGGUUCCGCUCCAUCCUGCCCAAGGCGGCCCUACGGGUGGUGGAGGAGUCCUGGAAUGCCUACCCCUACACCCGGACCAGGUUCACGUGCCCUUUUGUGGAGAAAUUCUCCAUUGACAUCGAAACCUUUUAUAAAACCGAUGCUGGAGAAAACCCCAAUGUGUUCAGCCUGUCUCCUGUGGAAAAGAACCAGCUGACGAUUGACUUCAUCGACAUUGUCAAGGACCCCGUGCCCCCCAACGAGUAUAGGACUGAAGAGGACCCCAAGCUGUUCCACUCGACCAAGACCCAGCGGGGGCCCCUGUCCGACAACUGGAUCGAGGAGUACAAGCAGCAGGUCUUCCCCAUCAUGUGCGCCUACAAGCUGUGCAAGGUGGAAUUCCGCUACUGGGGCAUGCAGUCCAAGAUCGAGAGGUUCAUCCACGAUACAGGCCUGCGGAAGGUGAUGGUGAGGGCUCACCGACAGGCUUGGUGCUGGCAGGACGAGUGGUACGGGCUGAACAUGGAGAACAUCCGGGAGCUGGAGAAGGAGGCACAGCUCAUGCUCUCCCGCAAGAUGGCCCAGUUCAUCGAGGACGACGAGGAGGCUGCAGAGCUCGCCAAGGACGAAGCCACCCAGGACCAGACCUCCAGGGAGCCCUCCGAGCCCAGCAGCAGCGGUGGGGAGCCCCUGGCAGGCCGGGGCCUGAAGAAGCAGUGGUCCACGUCCUCCAAGUCGUCGAGGUCAUCCAAGCGGGGAGCAAGCCCUUCCCGACACAGCAUCUCAGAGUGGAGGAUGCAGAGUAUCGCCCGGGACUCAGACGAGAGCUCAGACGAUGAAUUCUUUGAUGCUCAUGAGGACCUGUCUGAUUCAGAGGAAAUCUUCCCUAAGGACAUCACCAAGUGGAACUCCAACGACCUCAUGGACAAAAUCGAAAGCCCUGAGCCGGAGGACACGCAGGAUGGUCUGUACCGCCAGAGCGCCCCCGAGUUCAGGGUGGCCUCUAGUGUGGAGCAGCUGAACAUCAUCGAGGACGAGGUCAGUCCGCCGUUGACCGCACCGCCCUCCAAGAUCCACGUGCUGCUGCUGGUGCUGCAUGGGGGCACCAUCCUGGACACAGGCGCCGGGGACCCCAGCUCCAAGCAGGGCGACACCAACACCAUCGCCACCGUGUUCGACACCGUCAUGCGCGUGCACUACCCAAGCGCCCUGGGCCACCUUGCCAUCCGCCUGGUGCCCUGCCCGCCUGUCUGCUCCGAUGCCUUCGCCCUCGUCUCCAACCUUAGCCCCUACAGCCACGACGAAGGCUGUCUGUCCAGCAGCCAGGACCACAUCCCCCUGGCUGCCCUGCCCCUGCUGGCCACCUCCUCGCCCCACUACCAGGAGGCAGUUGCCACGGUGAUUCAGCGGGCCAAUCUCGCCUACGGGGACUUCAUCAAGUCCCAGGAAGGCAUGACCUUCAAUGGGCAGGUCUGCCUGAUCGGGGACUGCGUCGGGGGCCUCCUGGCAUUCGACGCCUUAUGUUCCAGCAACCAGCCGGUGUCUGAGAGUCAGAGCAGCAGCCGCAGGGGCAGCGUGAUCAGCGUGCAGGACACUGACCUGCUGUCCCCGGGCAUCCCGGUGAAUGCGGCACAUGGCAGUGGUGGCGGUGGCAACCUGGAGAGCAGUCGGCACCUGAGCCGCAGCAACAUCGACAUCCCCCGCAGCAAUGGCGCUGAGGACCCCAAAAAGCAGCUGCCCCGAAAGAGAAGUGAUUCGUCCACCUACGAGCUGGACACCAUCCAGCAGCACCAGGCCUUCCUGUCCAGCCUCCAUGCCAGCGUGCUGAGGAACGAGCCUAGCUCCCGCCGCUCAAGCAGCUCCACCAUGCUGGACGGCACAGGGGCCCUGGGCAAAUUUGACUUUGAGAUUGCCGACCUCUUCCUCUUCGGGUGCCCGCUGGGGCUGGUCCUGGCCUUGAGGAAGACCGUCAUCCCCGCCCUGGACGUGUUCCAGCUGCGGCCCGCCUGCCAGCAAGUCUACAACCUGUUCCACCCCGCCGACCCGUCCGCGUCGCGCCUGGAGCCGCUGCUGGAGCGGCGAUUCCACGCCCUGCCGCCCUUCAGCAUCCCCCGCUACCAGCGCUACCCGCUGGGGGACGGCUGCUCCACGCUGCUGGUGGAGACCAUGCAGAGAAACCCUGAGCUGGUCCUGGAGGGCGGCCCCCUGGCCCCUCUCCCGCCCGGGGACAGCUUCCUGGAAACCAGUAUCCCCGUGCCCGCGCUCACCUGGCAAGAUGGGCCCCACCUGAGCCCGGGCUCUGCUGAGUCGGAUGCCCUCCAGACCCACAACACGGUCUUCCAAGAGCAUGCGGCCCCCUCCUCGCCCGGCACAGCCCCCAGCACCCGAGGUUUCCGUCGAGCCAGCGAGAUCAGCAUUGCCAGUCAGGUGUCAGGCAUGGCCGAGAGCUACACAGCAUCCAGCAUUGCCCAGAAGGCCCCAGUGGCGCUCAGCCACACCCCCAGUGUCAGGCGCCUGUCCCUGCUCGCCCUGCCCCCUCUGCCCCCCACACCCCCAGGCCCCCGCCUGCAGGCCAAGCGGGUGAGCCCCAGCCUGGAGAGGGCCCCCCGCCUCCCCGACUUGGACAUCAGAGAAGUUGCUGCAAAGUGGUGGGGACAGAAGCGGAUUGACUACGCCCUGUACUGCCCCGACGCCCUGACGGCCUUCCCCACCGUGGCCCUGCCCCACCUCUUCCAUGCCAGCUACUGGGAGUCGACGGACGUGGUCUCCUUCCUGCUGAGACAGGUCAUGAGGCAUGACAAUUCCAGCAUCUUGGAGCUGGACGGCAAGGAGGUCUCAGUGUUCACCCCCUCAAAGCCAAGAGAGAAGUGGCAGCGCAGGAGGACCCACGUGAAGCUGCGGAAUGUAACAGCCAACCACCGGAUCAACGAUGCAGUCGCCAAUGAGGAUGGCCCGCAGGUUCUGACGGGCCGGUUCAUGUAUGGGCCCCUGGACAUGGUUACCCUGACCGGGGAGAAGGUGGAUGUGCACAUCAUGAUGCAGCCGCCCUCAGGUGAGUGGCUGUACCUGGACACUCUGGUGACCAAUAGCAGCGGGCGCGUCUCCUACACCAUCCCCGAGACUCACCGCCUGGGCGUGGGUGUCUACCCUGUCAAGAUGGUGGUCAGGGGAGACCACACAUUUGCUGACAGCUACAUCACCGUGCUGCCCAAAGGCACAGAGUUUGUGGUCUUCAGCAUCGAUGGCUCCUUUGCCGCCAGCGUGUCCAUCAUGGGCAGUGACCCCAAAGUGCGGGCUGGGGCCGUGGACGUGGUGCGGCACUGGCAGGACCUGGGCUACCUCAUCAUCUAUGUGACGGGCCGGCCCGACAUGCAGAAGCAGCGGGUGGUGGCAUGGCUGGCCCAGCACAACUUCCCCCACGGCGUGGUGUCUUUCUGUGACGGCCUAGUGCACGACCCGCUGCGGCACAAGGCCAACUUCCUGAAGCUGCUCAUCUCUGAGCUGCACCUGCGCGUGCACGCGGCCUACGGCUCCACCAAGGAUGUGGCGGUCUACAGCUCCAUCAGCCUGUCCCCCAUGCAGAUCUACAUCGUGGGCCGGCCCACCAAGAAGCUUCAGCAGCAGUGCCAGUUCAUCACAGAUGGCUACGCGGCCCACCUGGCCCAGCUCAAGUACAACCACCGGGCACGGCCAGCCCGCAACGCGGCCACCCGCAUGGCACUGCGAAAGGGCAGCUUCGGCCUGCCUGGCCAGGGUGAUUUCCUGCGCUCCCGGAACCACCUGCUCCGCACCAUCUCAGCCCAGCCCAGCGGGCCCGGCCACCGGCAUGAGCGGACACAGAGCCAAGCGGACAGCGAGCAGCGGGGCCAGCGCAGCAUGAGCGUGGCGGCCAGCUGCUGGGGCCGCACCAUGGCUGGCCGGCUGGAGCCGGGGGCAGCCGCGGGCCCCAAGUAGGGCACCGUCAGCGAGGCGCUGUGGUCUCCAUGGUGCUAGGCCAGGGCGGCCAGCCCCGCCAGGAGGCCUGGCCUGGUCACACACACUCGGCUGGGGACCAGCUUGUCCCAGGGCCUGGCGGAGGACAUGGGCCUUGCCACACACAGCCCUCCAGCCCUGCCUCAUAAUCCUAGGAUCUGAGGGGUUCCAGCUUGUCACGGAAGGUGGCAGGGUGACACCAGUCCCAGGAUGAUGGAGGGACCAGGACCCCCCAUGUGGACCGGCCUGGGCGGCACUCCUGGACAUUUGCCCUGUGUUGACUUCCCAACAUCGUGACACCAGGCCGGGGCCCGAGCCCAGCCUGCCACCUCCCAUCCACUAGCUCGCCCUGCCCCCAGGUCCCCUCCCACUUGGUAGCAGUUCCAACAGGGGACAGCCUGCUUCUUGUUAACUCGAGUUACUCAACUGUUCGACCUCACUGGUUUUGCACUGAUUUUUGAGAGUGGAGACCCAUUACCACCUCCUAUGGCUACAGAUUCGUUGACAUGCAUGAAAAUUCAGUGUGUGCUGAUCCAGGACCUAUUGCCACACAGAAGACUCCAAGGCGGCAAAUCCUCGUGCAAGCAGCAGAGAAAGGCCAUAUCUUAAUUUCUGCAGCUCCUCCCAGCCCGCCAGCGCCGUGGCAGCCCCGGACCCCUACCCACCUGUCCUGCCCCACGUGGAGCCCAGUCCGGACGGGUCUGGUGUCAUCUCCGGCCCUGGACACAGCCCAGGCAGCCAGGCUGGUGAAGCCCAGAGCUGGCUCCCACCUGAGAAGCCCCGCCUUGGGCUGCGGGGCCUGGACAGGCCUGGCCUCCUCUUCCGCUCCUCACCUGCCAUCAGUCAAGGCCCCAUGCCUUGGGCCCUCCCGCGUUUCUACACCUUUCUACUUCUCCGAUCUGAUUUCUAUGAGGUUUUUUUAAAUGAGCAA